GACUUUAAUGUAUUAAUUUAACCAGAAAUGUCAGACACAAGUUUGGGCGCCGAAGGUCAAGAGGUCAAAGGUGUGUUUUCCAGUUUACAGGCGGAUGGAGACUGGCUGUACAUCAAAGGAGAGUAUAAGAAGGCCAUAGAGAGCUACACAAAGGCACUGACUUUAAAGCCCAAUGACAGGAGCUGCUAUGUUGGUCGAUCCAAAUGCUACUUGAAGCUGGGUCUGUCUGAAAAUGCUUUAAAAGAUGCAGAGGCUUCACUCAAAGAGGACAAGACAUUUUUUGAGGGUCUGUACCAGAAGGCAGAGACCUUGUACUACAUGGGGGAGUUUGAGUUCGCUCUGGUGUUUUACCACAGAGGGAGGAAGCUUCGUCCGCAAAUACAGGAGUUCAGGCUGGGAAUCCAAAAAGCCCAGGAGGCCAUAGAAAUCUCUGUUGGAAGUCCUUCAUCUGUAAAGCUGGAGAUUAAGGGAGACCUGUCCUUUCUCCAAAAAGAUGUUGAGGCACAACCAAUUACUGCUAUUGAACGUCUGACGAAAGAGAAGAAACAGCAGACACCAAAGAUCCCAAAGAACGAGAAGACGACCAAACAGAUGCUGGGAGCAUUUUAUAAUGAUAAGAAGUAUCUAGAGGACCUUUUAAAAAACAAAGAACUGGUAAAAGGGAAGACAAAGAACGGGGAAAGGCUUCAGGAUUCUCUCCAGGGCGGCCUCUCUUACCUGGACUCCUGCACGGAGUUAUGGAACCAGGAGAACCCAAUCGACUUACAGGGGAAGAACCAAAACCAGAACAAACCCCGUCACACUGCAGCCCCUGAACCUGCUCACUUUCUCCUGAAGGGCCUGAGUGAAAUCGAAGCAGAGUUGACGUCUGGAAAUGCAGAGGGCAGUCUUAAGAAGGCAGAAGAGGUCAUGAAAACUGUGCAGAUGUGGUCAAAGAAAGAGGUACCAAAUAAACGGGAGGUGUUGGGUACCCUGCACAGCUGUAUUGGCAACGCCCUGAUUGAACUGGGAGAUAUGAACAAAGCCCUGGACCAUCAUCAGAAGGAUCUAGAGUUGGCUAAGCAGUGUAAACUUCCAGAGGCGAUGUCAAGGGCUUUAGACAACAUCGGCCGAGUCUACGCACAGACCGCUCAGUUUACACAAGCCAUUGAGUUCUGGGAAAAGAAGAUCCCCUUGGUCCGUGGUGGUUUGGAGAAGACGUAUUUGUUCCAUGAGAUCGGCUGGUGUUACCUGGAGCUUAAUCGCCACGAAGAAGCCAGAGAAUAUGGAGUCCGUUCAGCCACUGCUGCAGAUGAAAUAGCAGAUGAGAAAUGGCAGAUCAAUUCUAAUGUUUUAGUGGCACAAUCAGAAUUGAAACUGGGAAACUAUGAAUCCUCUGUUUCCUAUUUUGAGAAAGCUUUGACUCAUGCCAAACAGCAAGACAAUGACUCCGCCAUAAAUGCCAUUCAGAAGGCUCUUGACGAAGCAAAACAAUACCUAACACAAGGAUGAUGUUUCUAGUCAAGGCCUGUGAGUCUUCACAGCACCAAUUGAGGAAAAGACCUACAGAAAACCAUG